UUUUUAAAUUUUAUACAGCUAAUGAUUAUUCGACAGAUGUAGUCAUAAUUUUGUAAAUAUAUCAGACCCAAGCUAUGGUUAUUUUAAACUUCUUUUUCUUUAUUCUACUUCCUCUCAUCUCGUACUGCGGAGAGUUAAAUAGAGAAGAAUUAAAUUUUGCUACUUACGAUAUCAAAUUAUAUAAUGACCAUGAAAUUGAAUACAAACGAGAAGUUGAAGAUGAGUUUAUCAUGGCAUCUAAAUAUGGUGACAAGUUUUCAUGCCUUAUACCAAAGGUUUUCUACCCAAAAAUGUUUAGUGAAGAUGAGGCUGAGAAUUUUGUAAAAAAUUUAAGCAAAUUAUUGAAGCCCUUAUUGAAAGGACCCUGCCUGAAAAAAUCUGAUGGUUGGUGGACAUAUGAAUUUUGUUAUAAAAGAUUUAUUCGCCAAUAUCAUCUUCAUGAUGGGGAAAUUAGAGGUAUGCAAACAAUCCUAGGCAGUUUUUCACAUGAUAUCAAUUGGAAAUCACUGUUUAAGCUUAAGCGAAUUAAUGAAGUGGAUUAUCAUACUCAAUAUUACUCUAAUGGAACUUAUUGUGAUAUAAAUAAUAAACCUAGAGAUGCUGAAGUUAAAUAUUUUUGCUCUUCCAAAAAAUCCCAUCUUUCUAUGGUCAAAGAAUCCAAUUGUUCUUAUGCAAUUCAUGUUCACACACCUCUCUUAUGCAAACAUCCUUUCUUUAACAAAACACAAACAGAUCAGGUACACUUGAUUGAAUGCCAUUCAAAACGAAAACUUUCAACUUCUGAUAUCCAACCUUCUGCCCAAAAUCUUCCCAGCUAUGCCAAUCAAUCUUUCGUUCAAGAUCAGUUCGAAAAUCUGACUACCCAAGAUAAUGAUGAUACGGCGUUUGUCGUAGAUAUGAAAACCGGGAAAACAAAGGACACGGAGUUGAAUGACAAUGGUGUGCAGGAUGAUUCAAUUGAAGAUGACUCUGAUAAUCAAAUUGUAACAGGAAAACAUUCGUUUCGAAUCAACUUCAAUGAUUUGGAUGCACUUAAUAUCCUAUUCAAUAAAAUAAUAAGAAGUGGUCAAAUGACUGAAGACAACCGGGUUGAUCAAAUGAACAAAGCCUAUCACACUUCUAAGACUCGACAAAAAAGAUCGAUUACAAAACCUGAUGAUCUUAUCAUUUUUAGGAGAUGAAAAUUACCAAAAAUUUAUGCAAAUAUUCUGAACACUUUUUUUUAUAUUUCCUAAUUAUUACCUUUUUUUGUCCCAAUCUAACUAUAAAGAUGGGAAGGGUAUAUCGCGUUAUUACAGUUUUUAAAAAUAUUCUGUUUUCGAUUUCGGGAUAAUAUUUAAAUGAUUAAUCGAAUUAGGGUUUGCAAAUACUAAAUUGGAGGUGACAUUUUUUUAAAAAAAUUAAAAUGACUAUGCAAAAUUUUAAACCUGAAAAAAUUGAAUAUAAUAAUUUUAAAGGAUUAAUUAUUUUUUAAUUGAUCAUGUUUAUUUAAAAUUAAUUAUUUAUGGAAUGGCAGCACUGUGAUAAAAAAAUUGUUUAAUGCCAAUUUCCACGGGAAAAUGAUAUAUUUUAAAAUUCUAUUUUCAAAUUUUUGCACAGAAAAAUUAUAAUAUUAAAUAAUUUAUAUAUUAAAAUAAAUUAAUGAUAUUUAUUCAUUAUUAUAUACAUUUGAAGGUA